GAAGAUGACAUUUUGAGAAGCAAACACCGUCACGGACCAUCUUCAACCUUGCGAUGCCUGCAACUGGGGAAAGUUAGCCAUGGAAUUCAUCUGCCGGGGAUUCAUUUGAAGCAGGUCUAAGCUUUUAAAAGAAAAAGGGUUUGGACAGGGCUGGAAUCGACCUCAUUUGCCAUUAGAAUAUUCCGUUUGAGGCCCCAACGAAGCAAUAACCACCCAAGGAGGAGCCCAUCACCACAGUCCCAUUGGAUGUGAAUGGAAAACUCAAGACUAGCGUGUUUUCACCCGACGGACUCUACGACGUGAAACGUUCAGCAACUACUCAUUUCAAAACCGAACAGAGAGGUGAAAAUGAGAGAGGAAGGAAAAGAUCAUGAAGAAACCGAUCAAGAUUUUGAUCACAAGAGAACGUGCACGGAGUGGGAGGCCAUACUACCAACAUUGCCCAAGCAAAGAGGGUGGAUGACCAAUCAUCUUGUGCAAUACCAAGGAGUUUGGUUAAGCCCUUCUGGUCUAAAAGGAGUCAUGCUCGCAAGAGACCACUUCAAGUCUCUACCCACAGACAUUCUCUUAUCCACUUCUCCGAAGGCCGGAACCACAUGGUUCAAGGCUCUUCUCUUCACAAUCAUGAACAGAAGAAAUUAUCCGUUCUCUUCACACCCUCUACUCACCACCAAUCCCCAUGAUUUAGUACACUUCAUAGAAGUCAUGAUUGAUCAAACUCCUUCAUCAAGUCCCAUUAAGAACAGCUUUUCAUCUCCGAGGUUGCUUUCUACUCAUAUACCAUAUUCCUUGCUACCGAAUUCCGUCAAAACCUCCUGUUGCCGAAUAGUGAAUGUGUGCCGUGACCCAAAGGAUGCACUCAUUUCCCAAUGGCAGUACUUUAACAAGCUAAGGCCGAAAGAAAUGCCGCCUUUUCCGCUCGAAGACGCGUUUGAAUUGUUCUGUGACGGCGUCUCGCAUUUUGGGCCCCUUUGGGACCAUGCCUUGGGCUAUUACAGGGCUAGUCAAGAGUCACCCGAGAAGGUACUGGUCUUGACUUAUGAAGCCAUGAAGAUGGAUCCAACAGUCAAUAUCAAGAGAUUGGCUGACUUCAUUGGCCACCCUCUUGACCCAGAGGAAGAGAGUGGAGAAGUGUUGGAGAGGAUGGUAAGCUUGUGUAGCUUUGAGAAUAUGAGCAGCUUGGAAGUGAACAAGAGUGGGGUACAGCAAUUCACUGCCCAGUUCAAGGUGCCAAACAGCAAUUUCUUUAGGAAAGGGCAGACUGGGGAUUGGAGGAAUCAUCUCACUCCUACAAUGCUGGAGAGUCUAAACAAAAUAAGCAAGGAGAGGUUUAGCGGUUCUGAUUUGGAGUUUCUUUACGGCUGAAAGCCUUUGAGGCAGGUCAAAAGAAUUUUGCUUUGAUUUUGAUGUGGUAUAGAGCUAGAAUUGAGACAGAGAGGAGUAAAAGCCAUAGUCGAAAUAUGCCUCUAAUGUCAUCUGCACGAAAGAACAUUUCGUUGGGUGAGAAUUCAAUUAGUGCUCAUGUAGGGUGAAAAAAAUAUACAUUUGUACUGUUAAGUUAUUAGAAAAUUAUCACCUGUAAUAUGAAAUUAUUGUAAAUUUUGUUUCUUUUACUCUUAA